AUGAUGCGCUUGGUGAAGAAGUAUGGGGCGAGCAAAUGGUCGGUGAUUGCUUCAUACUUGAAAGACCGAAAUGGCAAGCAAUGUCGAGAACGAUGGCACAACCAGUUGAAUCCAUCUAUCAAAAAGACGCCCUGGACUGAAGAGGAAAACGAGAUUAUUUUACGAUUGCAGGCUCAAUUGGGUAACUGUUGGGCCAAGAUCACUGCUGCGCUUCCUGGCAGGACGGACAACAGCGUGAAAAAUCAUUGGCAUUCUUCGCUUAAGUCCUUGGGCAAGCGCGCACGUGAGGGCGACGACGCUUCAUCCCGUGGGGAUUUACCAAAGUCCAAUCGAGCCAAGUCGAGGAAACAACCCCGCAAGGCCAAGUCAUUGAAAAAGGAGAAGGAAAGCGUGACAUCACCGAGCGUUGAUGCCUCUGUUUGUGGUGAUGAGGAGAAAGCGGCAAAGGAAGCGGAUCUAGUGUGUGCAACGGACACGACGAUCGCAUCCCACAUGUCUCCGCUCAGCGCUUCAGUCAAUUGUCCAGUAUCUGUCCCGGGUUGUGACGCGUCUGGUGCAAAGAUUUGCACUGGUUUGUCGGCCAUUUCGGGAGACGAUCGCGGGGCGUUGUCUCCCGACUGCGUGUCCAGCGUCGACAAUUUUGACCUGACGACUUCCUGUACCCGAUCAUACCAAGAAGGUGUACUGAAAGCUCAAGCCGUGAUUGAGAACGUGUUGGAUCCGAUGGGAAUGGGCCCUUACGGAUUGAGCAACUUCUCGUUAAGUGGUUCCGAGAUGGACAUUAUCGAGACGCAGCCUCAUCAUUCGUUCCAGCACUUGAUGGCAACGUGGCAUGCAAGUGAUGACGAUUUGUAUCGUUCCGCAAGCAGCGACCUGCUGUCAGAUCCCACGUCCCCUGCGCAACCUCCUUUCGGCUUGGAUGAGCUCAUAUUUGAUUCGCUAUACGAUAUAUGGGGUGGCGGAAUUCAGGCGACGACUGGAAGCGCCCGAAGCGAAUCUUUGGGUGAAGUCGCUCAGCGGUCGAUGCUCUCGGAGUGGGGAACGUGCAUCACGAAUUCGUCUCCGUCUGUGGUCACGGCAGACUCUACUUGCGUGCUCGAUGUUAUGGAUGAGACGGUGCGAGCGACUGCUAAUAUGGUACAAGCGUUCGAUCGUAUGGAUGACACGGUGCGAGCAACGGCUGAUAGUGCUCCUCUGAGUGACGUCGGUCAGCAGUCAAUGCUCACGAAGUGGGAAUCGUGCAUGACAAGUCCGUCUCCGCCUGCACCUAGGGCAGAUUCCCCGAUCUGCGUACCUACUUCGACGCGCAUUGCGCCAACUGUGUCGACGUUCGAUCAGCUGGACAGUGACGCGUUGUUCCUGACCAAAGAAGAAGUACCAAGCGAUUGUGCCAAGUGUGAGGAUUUGACUGUGGACUGUAGUUUUAGGCAGUCGAUUCCAAGCUGCGGAUCAUUUCCAUCUUUGUUUGAUGUGGAAAUAUAA